AUGCCCAACUUCUCCAGUAACUGGAAAAUCAUCUGGUCAGAAAACUUCAAGGAUUUCCUCAAAGUGCUGGGGAUGAACAUGAUGCUGAGGAAGAUCCCUGUGGUUGCAGCCACAAACUGUUUGAUAGAGAUCAAACAGGAAGGAGACACUUUCUACAUCAAAACCUUUACCACCCGGAGCUCUGGUGACCUAGCGUGUGAAAAACAGAUUAACUUCAAGAUCGAGGAGGAGUUUGAGGAGCCAACUGUGGAUAGGAGAUCCUAUAAGGCCUUGGUGAUGAGGGAGAAUGAGAACAAACUGGUGUGUGAGCAGAGACUUCACAAGGCAGAGGGCCUCAGGGCCUCCUGGAUCAAAGAAUUGACCUUUGGCAGCUCAGCCUAA